AUGGUAAACAAUCGGCGAUUAAAGAGGCCUUUAUGGAGUAGUAGAUGGAAUGAUGAAGCUGAUGAUGAUGAUGAUGAUGAUGAUGAUGAUGAUGAUGAUGAUGGUAAAACAUUCGGCGCCACCCAUACGCUGCCGACACCCGCAACACCAGAGGAGUUCCGGGUGCAUUGCCUUGUAAGGAUGAGGGUUUCGAAGAUUUAG